AUGACUUUGUUCCUGCUGAAUCAAUGGAGAAAACAACCGGGUGGAGCACAAGAUGCGAAACGAAUAAAUGUGAACUUUUAUAACAACAAAUUUUCAGGUGCAUUUUUGUUGGCUCUAGAAAGUGGGACGUCGCCGAUGCGUGAGAAAGAGUUGAUAAUAGAAGCGCUGGAUGAUUGGGACGUGCUCACACCAACGUGGUUUGAAGUGGCCGAUUAUGUUAGUGUUAUCGAGCAGUUGCAUGAAAACGAAAACUUCAAGGAGAGACAUCGUGCCGCACUCGUCGCUUCCAAGGUAGCUUAUUGUCUCGGUGAUUAUUGCGGAGCCUUACAGCUUGCUCUAGCUGCCGGUGAUAAGUUUCAACUUACGCCUCGACCGCCGUCCAAUCUUGUUGGAUCACAAGAUGAGCAGUAUGUGAACAAAAUGAUUGAACAUGCGCUGGAUACUUACAAACAAGCGAAACGAAGCGGAAGUAACAUAGACGAAUCUCUCGAAAAAUUAAUCAAUCGUAUUUUCGAACGAAAUAUGAAACGUAAAGAGUUGCGAUACGUGAUCGGUUUAGCGCUCGAUACAAGACGAACUGAUAUGAUUAUUGCUGCUAUUAAGGUUUUGUUUCGCUUCAUCCGUUCAUUCAGCUGUUAA